AAAUGAAUCUCUCAAACUUUCGGCUGCUGGGAGUCGACAUCGUCUUCACGCGAUCCUGAUUCCGAGUUCCGGCCAUAGGAAAGCUCGGUCGCUAGGCCUCUCGCCGUUGCUGUCGUUCUUAGGGAUUCGUCUACUGCAGAAUGUUCAAGAAAUUUACCUUGGAAGAUAUUUCUGCACAAAAUCAAGUAAAAGCAUCUGUACAACGGAAGAUUCGACAAAGCAUUGUUGAUGAGUACCCUAUUUUGGAACCUCUCAUGGACGACCUCCUUCCGAAGAAAUCGCCUCUUAUUGUUGCAAAAUGUCAAAACCAUUUGAAUCUUGUCUUGGUGAACAACGUGCCUUUAUUCUUCAACAUUAGGGACGGUCCUUACAUGCCAACUUUGAGGCUUCUUCAUCAAUAUCCCAAUAUAAUGAAGAAGCUACAAGUCGAUAGAGGUGCUGUAAAGUUUGUACUUUCUGGUGCUAAUAUAAUGUGCCCUGGUCUUACAUCUCCCGGUGGUGCAUUGGAUGAUGACGUGCAAGAGGAAACCCCAGUGGCCAUAAUGGCCGAGGGAAAACAGCAUGCUCUGGCUAUUGGUUUCACCAAAAUGUCUGCAAAAAACAUAAGGGCCAUUAACAAAGGAAUCGGUGUCGACAACAUGCACUAUCUAAAUGAUGGCCUUUGGAAGAUGGAACACCUGGACUGAGUUCUAUUGUUGGGGAACCCGGAGGAAGGAGAGGAUCUGCUGCGGUAAAAUCGAAUGGGAAUUUCUCUUUAUUUACUAAAGAAAGUAAUCUUGCUGAACAAAUAGUUUCUAACAUUUUGAAAUUGUUUCUUUUUUUAAUGUUUUUGAUCUUAUGAUAUGUAGCAUUUUUGUCUAACGAGAAA